AGGAAUCUCUGUACAUAGACGACUUUGUGAGGCCAGUGUGCCUGCCGGAAGAAAACACGAAUCUCACAGGAAAGCCGGUCACCAUCGCUGGUUGGGGAUACACAGCCGAGAACAAGUCUACUUUUUCCUACGAACUUCUUCACAUCAAUCGCAAAAUUCUACCAUACAGCAGGUGCGAGGAGACAUUUGUGGAGAAAUGGCAGGCACCGCUGUUCAACAACUCUGUGAUAUUGUGCACUUCCUCGACGGACAAAGACGCUUGUCAGGGUGACUCUGGUGGUCCUGUCACGAUGUGGGUACACGGGAUUGGCUACCAAGUGGGCAUCGUGUCGUUUGGCCAGGGCUGCGCUCGACCAAAUGGCACCAGCCUUCACACGAAGCUCCACUUCUACCUGCCGUGGAUCGCUUCCGAGAUUGCAUCCCGCAGAGGCAAGCACGUGAUCGACCCUAGCGAUACCGAAAAUCAGCGUGCCGCGCCACCGAGCGACGAAAACACCACCUCUCACGCCACCGCUGCCAACGGUACAAUAGAACAAGCUGUAUCCACAGUUUCAAGAGAAACAUUUCUUGCGAGCACGACCAGAAUAGGAAAAGUGCAUUCACUUGUCACGCCUUCCAGUGGGUUAAACGACUCCUAUACGGUGACGCCUACAAGCAGACAAGUCGGAAGGUCGACUGCAACUCUUCUGAGCAAGGCGACCCCAAAAUUCAUUAAACUGACCUCCACAGCAGAAAGCACCUCCACCUCUAUUACAAGAAAUGCAACAAAUGCGCCCAAAUUUGAGUUUUUGUGAACGUUCAUUGCCAUGUUUUCCAGCAGAGGGAGCGGAACGGUUAAGACGGCUACUUCUAAAGGAGAAAACAGGAAUUUUAUCACCAUGCCUCCCAGCGGAAGAAGUGCGACGCAUGAUGCGGUACAUCUAAUCAAAU